UAGACCUCUCACUUUCUCUCUCUCUAUCUAGAACUCAAAUUUGUCACGUAGCGGAAGAAGAUUCGUGCUGGAUCUAGACUGGUGGUGGAAUUUGGAGGGAAUUCGAAGUUCAUUCUUAGGAUUGGAAGUGGAAUUUGAAUUAGGGAAGAGGGAGGAGAUGUCUUACUCUGAUAAUUCAAGAGGAUUAAUUCUAGCAGUAAUUUCAAGUGUUUUUGUAGGAGCUAGUUUCAUUUUGAAGAAAUUAGGUCUUAAAAGAGCUGCUGCUGCUGGUACACGAGCAGGAGUUGGUGGAUACACUUACUUACUAGAGCCUCUUUGGUGGGCAGGGAUGAUAACAAUGAUUGUUGGAGAGGUUGCAAAUUUUGUUGCAUAUAUUUUUGCUCCAGCUGUUCUGGUGACCCCCCUUGGCGCAUUAAGUAUAAUUGUAAGUGCUGUUUUAGCACACUUCUUGCUGAAGGAGCCUCUGAAGAAAAUGGGACUUCUCGGAUGUGUGUCUUGCAUUGUUGGUUCGGUUGUGAUUGUGAUCCAUGCACCUCAGGAGCAUACUCCAAGCUCUGUACAAGAAAUUUGGAGCCUCGCAGUUCAACCUGCAUUUCUGUUGUAUGCAGGGGCUAUUGUAGCUAUAGCGUUAGCUCUUAUGUUGUACUUUGAACCUCGUUAUGGGCAGACAAAUGUUCUUGUUUAUGUUGGCAUUUGUUCUUUAAUGGGUUCAAUGACGGUCAUGAGCAUAAAAGCCAUCGGUAUUGCAAUGAAGCUCACACUUGAGGGGAUAAGUCAGCUAUCAUAUCCCCAGACCUGGUUUUUCUUUACAGUUGCAGUCAUCUGUGUCAUUACACAGUUAAAUUACUUGAACAAGGCUUUGGAUACCUUCAACACAGCAAUAGUUUCUCCAGUUUAUUAUGUAUCAUUUACCACGCUGACAAUCAUUGCAAGCGCAAUUAUGUUUAAGGAUUGGUGUGGUCAGGAUGCAAGCAGCAUAGCCUCUGAGAUAUGUGGAUUUGUUACCAUACUUUGUGGCACUAUGAUACUGCAUUCCACCAGAGAGCAAGAACCAACUCCAACUGGCAUUAUCUCAUGGUACACCAGUGAGUCAGACAAGGACGAUCAUUUCAUCAGCUUGCGGAGUUCAAGCUACUUGGAAUCAUAAUCCCUCGAGAAAUUCUUGUAUCAAGUACUUGACAAAGUUAGAUUCUUUUUUGUAGUACAAAGUCACAAUCUUCAUGUAUAAAAGUAGUUGUAACUUGUAAGUGUAAUCCAUUGUAUUUGUACAUAAUCUGUGCCUUGGGCCAUCCAAACAACAGAUCCAGAAGUGAGUCAUGUAACAUAUCUUCAUGAAAAGGUUAUAGCUCGAUUACAUAAUAUGUACCUGUG